AUACUGAGAGAAAGAGAGAGGGAGGGAACGGUAGUAGAAGAGUAUCAGAGAGUGAGAGAGGAGUACUCUGCUGUGGAUGAGAAUAACAAGUUACAGAGAGACUUCUGUACUGAAUGAAGAACAGCAUGCACCUCAUACCGGUUGGAUUUUAUCUCUCACUAUCUUUUUGUUAUGUUUUCUCCCAGUCCUCUUUUUUGGAAAUUUUAUCAUUCCCAACAGGUCUCCAGCCCCCCGACGAGCAGAGAAGAUUCAGCCCGUGCUGCUUGCUGAGCCCGCCCCCACCCCCCCUGUUCCCACCUCCCCCAGCGCUUUGGCGGCGCCAUGGUCAAAACCAUGAAUUCAUGCCAAGUAACGGAUUCCACAAGGAGACCGACGUGGAGAAGGGACUUUCCUGUGCCAUCGGCCCCCCCGGCAUAUCUGGCCCCCCGGGCCCUCAGGGUCCCCCUGGUUUACCAGGCUUGAAGGGGUCGAAAGGAGAGAAGGGAGAAAUUGGAAGACCAGGACAAAAGGGAAGAACAGGUCCGCCUGGUCUCCCAGGGCGACAGGGACCUGCUGGAUGGCCUGGACCCAAUGGGCCCAAAGGUGAGAAAGGGGACCCUGGAUUGAUGGGUCUACCUGGAGCAAGAGGGCCCUUUGGCCCCAAGGGUUUACCUGGAUACAAAGGGGAAAAGGGUUCCCGUGGAGACCACGGGGAGAGCGGAAUCAAAGGAGACAAGGGUUCAAUGGGAUACCCUGGGAUGCUUGGACAGAAAGGUGAAAUGGGUUCGAAAGGAGAACCGGGCCUCUCGGGGAAUAGAGGCCCAGCCGGCCGCCCAGGGAAGAGGGGUAAACAGGGCGGGAAGGGAAAUGCAGGAACCAUAGGCCCUCUAGGGCCCGCGGGCCCCCAGGGGUCCCCCGGCCACCCUGGUCCUCCUGGUAUACCAGCCUCAGGGGUUUACAUGGUUGGUCUGAAAGGUGAGAGGGGCCUACCAGGGCCCCCUGGGCGAUGCGACUGCAACUCUGUAGGUGUCAAAAGUCCCCUGUUUGACGAGCAUAACUCCAGGAGCAACUAUCCUAAAGUGCCAGCGAUCUUUGUCGUAGACAACGAAGAAGAAUUAGACCGCCUUAACACUGACAACGCAAUCGCCUUUCGGAAAGACCAAAGAUCCCUGUAUUUCAAGGACAUUGACGGGUGGCUGCCAAUUCAGCUCACACCGUUCCAGUCUAUGGAGAACGCUCCGGACGACGAUGGUUACUGUGGCGACGGGAUUGUCCAGAUCACCAACGAGGAGGAGUGUGACGAUCACAACCGCGUCGUCACCGACGGCUGCGUCAAGUGCAAACAUGCAUACUGUGGAGAUGGCUAUCGCUGGGAAGGGGUGGAAGAGUGCGACGGAAAAGACUUUGGCUACCAGACGUGCAAUUCCUAUCUUCCAGGGUCAUACGGGCGCCUUAGAUGUAACGCAUACUGUGUUAUCGACUCGACAAACUGCAAGUACUUCACAUGAGAACCCAGCGGGAUGGUACAGUAGGUUUGCCAGGAUCUUGUUUGCUCGAAGCAAAACAUUUACAAAAAUAAGAGAGAACAUAUAAAAAAGAAGAACAACACUGCAAACAAGAGACUUCAUAGGAAGUGGCAACAUACAAAUCCACAACCAAACGACAAACACGCUGUUAACGUUACUCCUCUGUUUUAUCGCUGCUGAGAAGCCACGUAGCUACUGGGGGUGUUGUCGCAGGGUCACCCACUCACCCAGUCACAGGAAAUGCACAGGACGAUUGCACUCUGUCUUAAAUAACUCAUGCAGGACUAAAGAUGCCCCCUCCCCACCCUGCCUCAUGAGACCAGAGCCUGUCUAGGAUUGGUCAAAUGAAGGACAGCCAGCCAGCCAAUUGGGGGAGCUUCAAGAGACGUGUGGAUGGAAGGGGGGGGGCCGGAUCCACACACACUUGUACCUCGACAUAGCACUGUUAAAAAGGAGACCCUUCGGUAUUGCCCGGGCUUGGGUGCUGGGCACUGAAUGGCGACGCUGCGCAGCACUUGCAUGGGGCUGAGAUUGCUGUAACCAUGGCAACAGCUCUCACUACCGAACGCAUGUAACCAACCACAAUACUUAUUAUCGUCAUGUAACUGCUUUGUACUGUAUACCUUAAGUGUAUAUAUAUAUAUCUCUGUAAUAAUAUCAACAUCUCGAAAUGUUUUAUGCGGAGUUGUCAAAAGGAGGCAUAUAUUAAGAAGCUGAUGUCAGGACAAUAUAGACAGGACAGGACUUUCUCCGACACAAUGUCGACAGAGAGCCUCCUCUUAGCAAGCGGAUAGGACUAGAGAUGGACAGUGGAAGGGUCCGCCUCACUGAUAGGCCAGGAGAUUUCACCGUAGGCCUCUCCUGGAAACAGAACAGGCCCUCUUUUAGCCUGUGGAUGGUGCUUGACAGAGGCGGUCCGAGUCCAGACAAAGUCACCGUAGCAAUUAGACAUUUGAUGAACUACUCAGGAACCUCCAGGUAAUGUAGCUCUCGUUAGGCAGCAGGUUGUGCAGAUCUGCUCCGUCACUGUAGAUGUCGGACAGAUUCUGCACUCUGGUGAUGCACAAAGUUAAAGGAACUCAAAUAAGUGCUUACAUUUGAUGUUGAUGGAGUGCUGUUUGGAAAUGAAGUUUGACUGCAAGUGUUGCAUUGUGAAAUGGUUUAUUACGUGAUGGCUGGCGUACUGUUAUUACAGGUUCUUAAGUGUUGCGUUAGCGAAGGAGGAAUGGUUUAUAAAUGCUGCUCCAAUGGAAUCAAUUCCCACAUUCUCAUAACUGUACUGUUUAUACCUGUUCAACUGGUCCUUCUGUCAUAACCUUCCCUGGAGCUCUGAUGUUGAAUUCUAAAUGAUGGAGUGGAGAUGUAGUCUGCUGUGUCCUGUGUACUAAGUGUCUGAAUGUGGAAAUAAGAUAUUAAGGUGUGUUUUCAAAAAGCAAUGGGUCGCGAUGCCAAAUGGAACCUUUCACCACCCUACACUGGUGAGAGGUUGUUUAAAAGAGGUCAAUGUUGCUUGUUUAAAAAAUGAUGUGCAAAUAGGCCUCUGUCAUUUCAAGACUGUUCCAAAGCUCUGCUUGUUUCUGAUCCCUCAGUCAUGACUUGUGAGAUAGAAAAGCAACUAAUGUGCCAAAGUAGGCUGUGAAAUAUCACUAAUUUCUGUCAACAAAGCGAACCGUCGACAUGGGAGAUGUCUUAACUUGAGACUGGGAAAAAACAGGGACAGCUCCAUUUAGUCUCAGUGCAGUGAAACGUGAUAUAAAUGUAUGUGUGGCAGAAGUUAAUGUAUUACUUAUUCCUCCGAACGUAAACACAAAUAUUGAAUAAUAAUGUUUGGCCAAUAGUACUGUAUCAUACUGGUUCUGUAUGCUGAACUGUCUAAUGCUGAAAACACAUCAUAGCACGUUAGUUUAAACAAUGCUUGAUGCCGUAUGCUUUGUCCUACUCAGAGAGUGAAAACUCUGUCUAUUUCAUAAUCCACACAUUUUAUACUGUCAUGUACUUGUGGACAAAAUAAAAAUCGUAUAAAUGACCCGUCCUCCCUAUUGGAAAUCUGUCUUCAGACCCAGGUUGUUAGUCAGCAGUGCUGAGUAGACUUCUCCCUGUCGUUAGCCAUGGACAGUGAUUGGGAGGCUGUGCGAGGGGGUGGACAGACGGUGAUAGAAACGCUAUUGACGUUCUCUCAGAGACAAGUCCCUGCUGCGAAACACCCGAUGUACUUCAAGCAGAGCAAAGGUGCUGUCAGCAAGACACCCCCGUAAAGCGCUGCAUCGGAUGUGCUGGCAAACUGACUGAGCACAGGUCCUCCUCUGUACGGGGGCAUGGAUCAGGCAAUGUCCUUUCCAGAAAGCCCUGAUGGAGAGUUCAGGACUGGGGCAAUGGUUGAGGCAGAGGGCUGAGGCAGAAGGCUGAGAGAGGACUGAGGCUGAGGG